GGCUGUAGGCGGCGCCAUGGAGCGGCCCGGCGGCGGCGCCGAGGGGGCCUGGGCCGCGCUGCUGGGCCGGCAGCACCAGGCCCGGGAGUUCUGCCCGGGGGCGAACAACCAGCCGUACGUGUGCGAGACCGGGCACUGCUGCGGGGAGAGCGGCUGCUGCACCUACUACUACGAGCUGUGGUGGUUCUGGCUGCUGUGGACUGUCCUCAUCCUCUUCAGCUGCUGCUGCGCCUACCGGCACCGGCGGGCCAAGCUGCGCCUGCAGCAGCAGCAGCGGCAGCGGGAGAUCAACCUCAUCGCCUACCACGGUGCCUGCAACUACCCCGCCUCCAUGAUGGACCUCAGGAUGCUGGCCUCCUUCAAGCUGCCCGCCUACGAGGAGGUGGCCCACCGGCCCAGCACGCCGCCGCCGCCCUACAGCUCCAUCCUGGCGCAGCUGAGCGGGCCCCGCAGCCGCCUGGGCUCCAGCAGCCUGACGCUGUCGCCCAGCUCGGAGAACUACACCAGCUGCUCGUGCGAGUCGAGCUGCGUGACGUCCCCCAGCAGCACCUCGCUCUCGGUGCAGGUGACGGACGAGACGGAGCGCAGCCAGGCCAGCACGCCCAGCGAGGAGUGCGGCACCAGCAGCACCGGCACCGGCGCCAGCUGGGAGCUGCCCGAGGAGCCGCCCGCCCGCCCGGCCCCGCACAAACACGCGCUCUUCUCCUCCAACGUGGACUUCUUCGAGGCCGACUGCCACCGCUGCUCUGACAUCGAGGAGGGCGAGGAGGAGGACGAGGAGGACGAGGAGCGGCGCGGCGCGGCGCCAGAGGAGGGCGGCGAGCAUCGCCGGCACCGGCGUCUGACGGGCGACUCCGGCAUCGAGGUGGGGCGCUGCCAGGAGGAGGAGGGCGGCGAGGAGAGCGAGGGCGAGGGCGCGCGCCUGCUGGGCAAGGCCGGCUCCGCGCAGCCCCAGCGCGGCAUCCCGACCGAGCCGAGCAGCGCCGAGCCGGGCGCCGCUCCCCUGCCCGUGUGAGGGGCCCCGACCGGCCGCGUGGCCGCCUCCCCCCGUGACGCUGCCGCCGCCCCGCCCGGAGCGACCCGCGCCUCUCCUCCCCGCCGCCGUCGCCGCUCCCCGCCUUGGAGCAGCCGGGCUGGGGGCACCGCGGUGCCGAAGCCGCCCCUGCUCAGAGGGUCCGGGCGCGGCGUGGCCGCCCUCCCUCGCCUCCGCUCCUCGCCGCCGUCCCCGGGCUGUGGACUCUCGCCGCGGAGCCCCCGGGACGGCCCCGCCGGUACCCUGCUGCGGCACCGCCGCGCCCCGCGCCUUCCCUUCCGAACUGCUUCCAGGGAGCCGGGCCCCAGCCAGCCCGGCCGCGGGGGCGGCUCCGUCCCGCUGCAGCCUGCGGGCCUGGGUGCGGGUGGCUGGGACCCCAGUAGCGUUCCGUCAUCAUUAAAGAGAUGUGGAAUCACA